AUGUUAGAUGCUUCAUAUUCGGGACAUAAUAUGCCUGCUUCUUUCCAAGACAGCACGAACCCUCCUCGGCCAGAUGGGCCGCCAUUUGGCGAUACUGCAAUCACUCAGCCUGUUUUUACGGCACGAAACCAGCAGGUGCUGCCGGAAAUUUCGGCCAGCAUACAGAAGGGCUUCUUCCAGGUGGACCACAAGUGGACUUGUUACCGACGAAAUUACUUUGCAGUUUCCUGCUCCUUUGCGUUCAAGAAUCAUUUGGGGGAUGGACCAUACUAUCUCAGCAGAAACGGUCAAGACGAACCGAUCCAUCAAUUUGCUGUCUCUAUAUCUGCAAAGACUGCCAUUGGCAGUAACGGUGAGAGCGAAAGCCGCGGCCUUGUCCAGCACACUCCCAAGCGGGACAAGGCAACAGAGACUGUGCCUGGAAGGCAACUUAUCUCCCCAACACCUAAUCACGCUCUGGGUGCCAGUGGUAUGUUUCCGAACGCCACACCUUUGUAUGAGGCGUCACAGCCAAUUUCCCCCGCGAUGAUGGGAAGCUUUGGAGGCCAUGACAACCAUGGCGCUAACUCAAUCCCCACAACAUACACCUUCGAGAGAAUCCAGUUCCAAAAAGCUACAGCUAACAACGGGAAACGUCGGGCACAGCAACAAUAUUUCUUAGUGGUGGUGGAGCUAUCUGUUAACGUCGCCAGGUCACCAGGCGAUGAGCGCUGGGUGGUAAUCGCAACCAAGGAGUCGGACCAAAUGGUGGUGCGCGGCCGGUCUCCAGGUCAUUACAAAGACAAUGGGAGACGAGACAGCCAAGCCAGCAUGGAUCCCGAUCGAGGGACAGGUGCCGGGGGAGAUGCGCACCACGGCAGCCUCCCAUCCUGCGGAUACGGCCACUCGUCAAUUGACUGGAUGGGCAGCCGUCAACAAGGUGGUCAUUUCGGCGGAUCCACCUAUCGCCAGACAGCGAAAGCGGGAUUUUCGCCGGCCAGUUUGGCUUCUUCCAGCACCUUGACCGGAACACCAACAGAAGUCGAUUUAUCCGAGCAAUCUGUCUUGACACCGCUGUCGGAAGGCGGUGAAGAGGCACUACUCUACGUCGACCGACAUAACACGAAUCGAAAGAGGUCUUAUGAGGACGACGAGGACGAGCAACUGCGCGUGCAUCAUCCGGCCCCGUUUACGGACAGCAUGACGUCUCUCUCCGCCUUUUCAGCAAUGCGAUAUUCGAAGCUGUUGUGCGCAUCAUGA